UCCCCCGACACCACCAUGCAGCGCCCCGACCCCCGCCUGUGGCUGGUCCUGCAGGUGAUGGGUUCGUGCGCCGCCAUCAGUUCCAUGGAUAUGGAGCGUCCCGGCGACGGCAAGUGCCAGCCCAUCGAGAUCCCGAUGUGCAAGGACAUCGGCUACAACAUGACCCGCAUGCCCAACUUGAUGGGCCACGAGAACCAGCGCGAGGCCGCCAUCCAGCUGCACGAGUUCGCGCCGCUGGUGGAGUACGGCUGCCACGGCCACCUCCGCUUCUUCCUGUGCUCGCUGUACGCGCCCAUGUGCACCGAGCAAGUCUCCACCCCGAUCCCCGCCUGCCGGGUCAUGUGCGAGCAGGCCCGGCUCAAGUGCUCCCCGAUCAUGGAGCAGUUCAACUUCAAGUGGCCCGACUCGCUGGACUGCAGCAAACUCCCCAACAAGAACGACCCCAACUACCUGUGCAUGGAGGCGCCCAGCAACGGGUCGGACGAGCCCGCGCGGGGCUCGGGGCUGUUCCCGCCGCUCUUCAGGCCGCAGCGGCCCCCGGGCGCGCAGGAGCCCCUGCCCAAGGACGCGGGCCCCGGGCGCGCCGCCGCCUGCGACAACCCGGGCAAGUUCCACCACGUGGAGAAGAGCGCGUCGUGCGCGCCGCUCUGCACGCCCGGCGUGGACGUGUACUGGAGCCGCGACGACAAGCGCUUCGCCGCCGUGUGGCUGGCGGUCUGGUCCGCGCUCUGCUUCUUCUCCAGCGCCUUCACCGUGCUCACCUUCCUCAUCGACCCGGGCCGCUUCCGGUACCCCGAGCGCCCCAUCAUUUUCCUCUCCAUGUGCUACUGCGUCUACUCGGUGGGCUACAUCAUCCGCCUCUUCGCCGGCGCCGAAAGCAUCGCCUGCGACCGGGACAGCGGGCAGCUGUACGUCAUCCAGGAGGGCCUGGAGAGCACGGGCUGCACCCUCGUCUUCCUCGUGCUCUACUACUUCGGCAUGGCCAGCUCGCUGUGGUGGGUGAUCCUCACGCUCACCUGGUUCCUGGCCGCCGGCAAGAAGUGGGGCCACGAGGCCAUCGAGGCCAACAGCAGCUACUUCCACCUGGCGGCCUGGGCCAUCCCCGCCGUGAAGACCAUCUUGAUCCUCGUGAUGCGCCGCGUGGCGGGGGACGAGCUGACCGGCGUGUGCUACGUGGGCAGCCAGGACGUCACCGCGCUGGCCGGCUUCGUGCUCAUCCCGCUGGCCUGCUACCUGGUGGUGGGCACCUCCUUCAUCCUCUCGGGCUUCGUGGCGCUCUUCCACAUCCGCAGGGUGAUGAAGACGGGCGGGGAGAACACGGACAAGCUGGAGAAGCUCAUGGUGCGCAUCGGCGUCUUCUCGGUGCUCUACACGGUGCCGGCCACCUGCGUCAUCGCCUGCUACUUCUACGAGCGCCUCAACAUGGACUACUGGAGAACCCUGGCCGCGCAGCACAGGUGCCAGCUGAGCAACGAGACCAAGACUCUGGACUGCCGGAUGGGCGCCUCCAUCCCCGCCCUGGAGAUCUUCCUGGUGAAACUCUUCAUGCUCCUGGUGGUGGGCAUCACCAGCGGCGGGUGGAUUUGGACCUCCAAGACGCUGCAGUCCUGGCAGAACGUUUGCAGCCGCAGGCUGAAGAAAAAGAGCCGCGGGAAACCGGCCAGCGUCCUCACCGGCGGGGGGCUCUACAAAAAAGCCCAGCACCCCCCCAGGACCCACCUCGGGAAAUACGAGAUCCCGGCGCAGCCCCCCACCUGCGUGUGAGCGGGGCCGGGCGGGCGGCGGGGAAAACCCGCCCGGGGGGCUGCAGCGGCGGCGGAGAGAUCGGGAGCUUCCCUCGGUGCGUUGGCUGGUUGUUUUUUGUUUUUGUUUUUUUAAUAAAAAUGACAGGAAAAAAAUUUAAAAAGCUUUUAUCCUUGAAAUUCAGGAUGCUGUGAUACACUGAAAGUAAAAGAUGUACUUAAAGGUUUUGCUUUUUGGUUUUGUUCUCAGUGAAAGGAACCUCCUCAGUCAAGUGGCCUCUUGUGUAAUUAAUUUGUGGCAAAGUAGUUGAUUCAGCUCUCGGAAGAAAACUUUUGUUUAGAACCUUCCAGAAAUAUGCACUGUGCAUUUUGAGUUUUCAAAGAUGAGAGGAGAUCGCUUCUUCACAAAUUAAAGGGUCUCUGGGGGUUUCCGAGAGCGGGGCUGCUCCCUCCUUAGCCUUCCCGGGGCCUCCCUGGGGAAGGCUGCUGUGCCAGACGGCGGCUUCUGCGCCAACAGAAAGAAAGAGAACCUUGACAGUCAUCCCAGGCUCGUGCAUUUGGAGUCACUUAAAAUAGACCCAGCCCCAAACAGAAACUUCCACCACACACAACAUUUGUAAAUUCAAAGGAUGUGCAAUACAUUUUUCCCCCUUUCCAUGAAAAUGAAAAAGAGAAACAAGUAUUUUGCUGUACAUAAAGACAACAAAAGAAAUCUCCCAACAAAAGAACCCAGAGGCCCAGCCCUCAGAAACCCUUUAGUGCUACAUUUUGUGGCUUUUUAAUGGAAACCAAGCCAGUGUUAUACACGUUUGGACUGAUUUGUCGGAAGGAGGGGGAGAAGAGGGAGAGGGCUCAUUGAAAGGUACCCGGGGGGCUUAUUGACUUUCUCCAUUGUUAAACAAAUGAUUCCCAUGAAUAGAUCAAGAGGCGCCAGAGCAGCGGAGACCCACUCUGUGUGGCGCAUUCUCUCCCCCGUGCCAAGAAAGCAUGGCUCC